AAACCUAUUCAAUGGUUGAGAACCAUCGUUUUCAGUUAUUUGAAAGAUACGUGUGUGUGUAUGUGUAGGUAUGUGAUACAUGGAAUGCAUGGAAUGUGUACGUCCAACGGAUGUUGGUACGUGCUUGUAUUUAGAGAAUUUAUAUUGGCUACCCGAAUAAAUUAGCAUUAACAAAUACACGGGCAACCAUGAGGCAAGAUUGCUCUCUAAUAUACGAAGAAGAGAUUGUUGGUAAAACAUAGAAAAGCCAUGACGUGUUCUGCGAUAUAUUUAUCUAACCUUAGUCAGCUUCCGACUGGUUAUAAGAUUAAGUUAAAUGACCGUGUAUCGUCGCAGAACAACGAAACACAGUUAUCCGAGAUCGUAACUCGCGAUCGCUAUGUAAUGUUUUGUAAAUCUAAAUGAAAAGUGUUCGUGCGAAGUGUGCUUAAUUAGUUAGAUACAAUUUUGUAAUGGCAUUGACGAAGAUAUAUAGACGUCAAGCUGCUAGUACCCAAUGAUUAAUAUUAAUAUUCGAACGUUUUAAUUAUGAAUUCGAUAUAUUUUUCUUCUGCUAGUUGCUAGAUCCGUAAGUAGUCUCUCUCGUGUAUUGCAAAAUUUAUACUCUAUGUAACUGAGAUCGUUCCAGAUUUAAGAAUUGAGGAUAAAUUGAAUUUUAUAUUACGAAACUUUGAUUUUUGUACAAUUGUAAGCGAGAUGUCUUUCCAAAUACAAACAAACAAACUGUUCUCCACUGUUAUAAUUCUCCUACAUACUUUCACAUUGCCAGUAACUGCAGAAGGUAUCUUAUGCUACAAAUGUUAUGCAUCGCAACCAGGGCAUAUGGAAACUGACCUAUUGUGCUCUCAAUUCGAUGGAAGUACUAGGUUUCACGUGUUGUGUCCUUCCUCUACACUUUGUAGAAAAAGGACAAUUUAUUCAAACUUCAAUUCAAUUGUAGUUAAAACAGAAGAAAGAGACUGUACGUUUCAGAAGCGUUCAGAACCAAUUUACCAUGAAGAUUAUGGAUGGCAAAAUAAAGAGGAAAUUGUGUCGAGCGAUUAUAAGCAGGGUUGUUUUAUUGGCGAAGAUAGAGGAGGACCAGGAGGUCCAUCGGAAUACUGUUUUUGUGGACACCCUUUAUGCAAUGCAUCGCACUCGAUGAAAAUCACCAAUGUACAUAAUAUUUUUAUACUGACGGUAUCGUCGCUAACUAUUUUCUUCAAGUACUUAUUUUAAUGAUAAAGUGCUUUUUAGUAUACGUGUUUAUAUGUUCUGAUAUAAAAUGCUCUCUCGUUUUAUACAAUGAUCUACGCCGUAAUGAUUUCAAUAUAAAACUUGAAUUAUACUUUUAUCACGAGAUCUGAAUAAAUUAAUGGAAUAUGAAA